AUGUCUCGUGCUCUUCGCACAUAUUCCAUCCUCCGGUAUCUCUCGUCCAUCGCCGGCAGCAGCUUUCGCGACAAUUCUGGCAUUGCCGUUGCCACCCCGGCGGGGUUCGCGCUGUUCAAGGUGCUAGACGACAAGAAGCUCGACAAGGUCGAGGACAUCUGGACGCACUUCGAGUCGCCGGAGAGCGCCAGCAAGGUGGUGAAGCUGAAGGCGUUCGACAAGUUCGAGAACACGGCGGACGCGCUGGGCGCGGCGACGGCGCUGGUGGAGAGCAAGCUGAGCAAGGGGCUCAAGAAAUUCGUCAAGGCGCAGUGCCAGGGGGAGACGCUGGCUGUUGCGGACUCAAAACUUGGCAACAUUAUCAAGGAGAAACUGGGAGUGACAUGCGUGCACAGCGCAGCAGUAAUGGAGCUCAUGCGAGGGGUGCGCUCGCACCUCUCGGAGCUCAUCGCAGGGCUGUCGGGCGCCGACCUCGCGCCCAUGAGCCUCGGUCUCAGCCACAGCCUGUCGCGCUAUAAGCUCAAGUUCUCCCCGGACAAGGUGGACACGAUGAUAGUGCAGGCCAUUGGGCUGUUAGACGAUCUGGACAAGGAGCUGAACACGUACGCCAUGCGUGUGCGCGAGUGGUACGGCUGGCACUUCCCUGAGCUCGCCAAGAUCGUCACGGACAACCUGCAGUACGCGCGCGCCGUCAAGCUCAUGGCUCACCGCGUCAACGCUGCUGAUCUCGAUUUCUCCGGGAUACUGGAGGAGGAGGUGGAGUCGGCCAUGAAGGAGGCGGCGGUGAUCUCCAUGGGUACGGAGGUCAGCGAGCACGACAUGACCAACAUCAUCGCGCUCUGCGACCAGGUCAUCGCCCUCUCAGAGUACCGCGCGCAGCUGUUCGACUACCUCCGUUCCCGCAUGCUGGCCAUAGCGCCCAACCUCACGGUGCUGGUGGGCGAGCUCGUGGGUGCGCGUCUCAUUGCGCACGCAGGCUCGUUGAUGAGCCUCGCCAAGCACCCCGCCUCCACUGUUCAGAUCCUCGGCGCUGAGAAGGCGCUCUUCCGCGCCCUCAAGACGAAGCACGACACGCCCAAGUAUGGCCUCAUCUUCCACGCGUCCCUCAUCGGCCAGGCACCCCCCAAGCUCAAGGGCAAAAUCUCCCGCGUGCUGGCCGCCAAGUGCUCGCUUGCCAUCCGCGUGGACGCUCUGGGUGAUGCCACGGAGCCCACUGUUGGCAUUGAAGGCCGUGCUAAGAUUGAGCAGCGGCUGCGGCAGCUGGAGGGGCGGGUGCUGGGCAGUGCCAGUGCAGCGAGCAAGGGCAAGGCAAAGCUGGGUCCAUACGACAAGGACAGGAAGGAGGGCACGGGCGGCUUGAUCACCCCUGCCAAGGCAUACAAUCCCGCAUCUGAUGCGCUGUUGACAGCCAAGUCCCCAGCAACAGACGCAACACCAGCAACAGCAGAGGAAUCGGGCAAGAAGGCGAAGAAGGAGAAGAAGGCCAAGAAGGACAAGGAGAAUGGAGAAGCCACUCCCUCUGCCACUGCCCGUGUGGAUGCUGAUGGGGCCGAGCCGCCUUCCACCGAGACUGCCGGGAUGGCGACUCGUGCCCGGAUUUCCUCGUCUCGCGUUCCGCUCCCAGUUUCCGCUAUAGCAGUUGCGUUUCUUUUCCACACCGUUUUCUCGUUACUGUCGCAUUCGCUUCCCGCGAGUGCGGCGCGCGUACCUGCCUCCACCCACCUGCUCAUGACGUCAUCAGAAGGCCCUGAUUUUAAGAUCCUUGAGAAUCGCCAGCAAGUGACUAUAACGAAAGGUUCUUCUGUCGAUGCUGGAGAAAGCGCAGGCUCACAGAGUGACACUAAAGCAGAAGGUCCCCCCCGUCCCCCUGUUUGGCCUCCGAGAUUCCAAGUUGACUUUAACGAGGAGAUGUACCUUCCCUGGUACACCCUGACAACGGACGGCACCUGGCGGUAUGACUACACGACGCGCAGGCAGCGCAUCGACCGCCGGAACGGGCUGGGGGACCGAUACUGCGGCUCCGCGCUGCCUUUGAGGACCACCCCAUGCACCCAACUGGUGCGGGACUCGUGGCGCUAUCUCGUCUUCCCCAAGGAAAAGUACUGCUGCCGCUGCUGUUCCGCAGCCAAUGGGUGUGACGUGGUGCGCCCUGAUUGGCUGGCCAACGCCACCUACAUGGGCCGGGACUACAUGGAUGACGUGCCCUCCACCAAAUGGAAGCAGCAGGGGCUACAGAACAACUACUACUGGCAUUCAGAGGAUGAUGUCCCUAUGAGAAUUUACAUGGAGCCGUUGGAGCAAAUGACCUUCCUUCACGCCUCGUUUCAGAAGCCGCACACCUUUCCCAGCGCCACCUUCGAUCUACCUUCAGACAUGGAUUGCUCGCAGCUCUGCUACGGCUUCUGCGCGCUGGUCCGUCAAACCACACUCUAA